AUGGCAGAUCAUGGCCUGAAAUGGGACUCCCUCGUCGCCUUUGACAAUGUCGCCGCUGGCCACGACGGCGUCAUGUCAGACGAAUCGGGCAGUCUGAUCAUCAAACCAUGCGUCGCUGCCGAGGUCGAGUUUUAUGAGGUUUCCAAUGCUGAGCAUCCAGAAUUUGCCCAGUUGAUGCCGACCUUCAUGGGCAGUCUCCAGCGCGGCCAGUCUAAAGAACUCCAAGACCAUCUCACCACCGCCGCUUCCCAUUCUGCUGGUAACGAAGCAAUUGUUCUACCUGCCGCUUUAGAGAACGAACCAGAAGUGAAGGACACAAAUGAUGUAACCGAGACGAGCAACGCCCUACGAGGAAAGAAACUGGACACGGGACUUGCUAUCGUCCUAGAGAACGUGUUGGCCGGUUUUCAAAAGCCCAAUUUCGUCGAUGUGAAGCUGGGUAAACGACUGUGGGCAGAUGAUGCACCACCUGCCAAACGAACCAAGCUGGACGAUGUCGCAUCCCAGACAACUAGUGGUUCGCUCGGCUUUAGGAUAGCAGGCAUGAAGGUAUGGCAUCCCGAGGGCUCAGGAGAGUACAAAGUAUUCGACAAGUUCUACGGUCGAAAUUUGACAUCAGAUAAUGUAAAGGAUGCUUUCUCAACCUUCCUCUGCCUCGACCAGAAGACAGAAUCCUCAGAACUUAUCAGAGACGUCAUCAGUAAUAUCGAAGAGGCCGUUGGAUCGAUAGAAGAUAUCAUCGCCAACCAAGAGAGCCGUAUGUAUUCGGCGAGCUUGUUGUUCGUUUAUGAAGGAAAUCCACAUGCACGAAAGGAGGCUCUCAAUUCUGCGAUUGCACAGACGGCACAGGAUCGAGACUCGGAUGGUCUUUUGGACAAGAGCCAAGAAGGAAAGAAAGAAGAAGGCGAAGAUGUCGAUGAAGACGAUGAUGAUGACGAAGAGGACGAGCGAGCUGAUCCAAAGCUGUUUGACAUCAAGAUGAUCGACUUUGCUCAUGCAGAAUGGACACCCGGACAAGGGCCAGACGAAAACAUGCUGGUUGGUAUACGUAGCGUCCGCAAGGUCUUGAAGAACUUGAUGAAGCAAGUCGAUCGCGAGUGA